GCCCGCCGUAAGCAGAGCGCGAUAUCUCGUUUCUCUUUCAGUUAACAUUUGAGUGAAGCAGACCUGCGCAUUGACUUGAACGUCCGAGAAAGUCCACGCUGACACCACUAUGGCCCCGCCCAUCGCGCUACACUCCUCCAAUGGCGUGGAUUCAAUUGCAAAACUAAGCUGUUCGUUAAAACCGGGGAACGGCGGCGUCCCUGAUCAUUCAUAACGGCAAGAGCAAGACGACAAAUCCAACAGGAAGCGGAAUAAGCAACGUUCAUUCGCAGGGACUAGAAGUGCGCUUGGAUUUUGCACUCUAUUCUCAGCGUCUUUGUGUUCCCACUGGUAUCACUGUACGCUCUGCUAAUAAAACACAGUGACGGUAAUACUCUGAUCUGUAUCAGAGAGUGAGUUUCUGAUCCAUUCUGCGUCCCAUUCCCAAAUGAACCCAACGCACUUGGAGACGGGCGGCAGGAUAAGCAUGGGAUUACUUUUGUGAUGUGGAUUGUAAAAGCCUUGGAAGAGAAAUUUAAAAUACUUCUCAACAAUGUGAGAGGACCUGCGUCCUGGAUUCUCAUAUUUCUGGAUAUUCUGAAAAUAAUCGGCAACAGCUGAGAGACAUUAUAACACACUCUCUGUCGCUCUCAGGUGUCUGCAUGCGUGUUUUGGGACCAACAUGGGAUUCUCGUUGCCCCUAUAGGUCGGACCCCUUGCGAAGAAGCCUUUACUCAUGUCUAACCUGCUCUCCGAGACCUUUACCAAUGCGUUUGCUAAAGUUCGCCUAUCAUCGGAUAGGGUAUUAAAAAGAUUUAUUCGCCUUAUAAAUUCAAUCAUGAACUUUGCCGUUCGCGUGCUCCAGUUAUUUCUUGUGACGCUUCUGUAUUUUUCAGCUGUCAAGAGUGCCUACAUACCCAGGGAGGGAGGCAGAAGCACAUAUGAUGUGGUGCCAUUCAUGGAAGUGUAUAACCGGUCUCUCUGCCGUCCUCGGGAAAUGCUGGUGGAAAUUCAACAGGAAUACCCUGAUGACAUCGAGCAUAUCUUCAUCCCGUCCUGUGUGGUUCUCACCCGCUGUGCUGGGUGCUGCAAUGAUGAGAUGAUGGAAUGCACCCCUACCGUCACAUACAACAUUACCUUGGAGAUUAAAAGACUGAAACCUCUCCGUCAUCAGGGUGACUUUUUCAUGAGUUUUGCAGAACACAGUGAAUGCCAGUGUCGGCCAAGGAAAGAUGCACUGGAGAAAAAAGAAAAAAAACCCCGGAAGGGCAAAGGCCAAAAGCGAAAGAGAAAGAAAAACAGUGAAAAAAAGCAGGAUUUUAGUCAGUGUGAGCCUUGCUGUGCUACAUGCUCUGAGAGGAGAAGAAGGUUGUUUAUUCAAGACCCUGAGACGUGUCAGUGCUCCUGUAAACACUCUGAAGCCGACUGCAGGUCUAGACAACUAGAACUCAACGAAAGGACCUGCAGAUGUGACAAACCAAGGAGGUGAACCGAACCGACUUGAGAAUGGACUCUGACAUGAAGGAAUAUUUCACAGUAAUUCACAGCACUUUGAACUUUCAGCUUUGAACUUUGGUCUCGUUUUCCGUCCCGGAGAUAUUGAACGAAUGAAGUGAACGGGUUUGGGGGGAGUGGGGGGCUAAUAGUCAAUGAAAUGUUCUCUCUGUAUAUUUUCAUGAUUUUCGUGUGCGUGUUAAGCGAAGCGAGAGACUGAAAGCACAGGAUUUGAUUUGCUGCUAAAGGGUCUUCUAGGCAAAGACCUGCGUAAAUGUUUCUGAUCUCGGCUGGCGUGCGUAAAGUCGUACUCGAAAUCACUCAGCGAAACACAUCACUGGAUUUGGGUCUACUGUGCAGUUUUUCAUGUGAAUCUAAAGCACAAACGAAAUGUUUGUAGGACUGCAACAAUUUGUCAGCAUCCACUGUGCGCCCGUGGAAUCAUUCCUCCCAGAACGUGAAGACUGAGAACAAUGCGUGUGUUUUUAUAGAUGGACAAAUGACUGGAGUUUUGACGGAAGACUGAACUGAUUCUGUCAUUGGAAAGUUACACAGUGACGCCGUGUUUGCACCAGAGCUCUGGCCUUGAAGAGGCACACCUAAGAGGAUUUUGGUCAUAUUCACUCCUUAAAGGGAUAUUCAUUCUUUGACAUCUUUGGAAACCACUUUGUGCAGAUCGUAUGAUUCGAUUCCAUGCUUCCACACUACUGGGGAUUUGGUUGUCGUUCAGCUUGGAACUUUAGUCAAAAUUUAUUCCCCUAAGCAAUUCAGUAAUUUAUUAUUUUUUUUUUCUCGGUAUUUUCAGUAUUCUAUCUCUUUGUAUUUAAUUUGACCUAUUUAUGUGCAGUGUUAUGUUAAGAUGGAACUUCUCGCCCUUUAAUGUCUGCAAACCUCCAUGGCUGUCUGAAAAAAAAAAAGCUUUUCAUCCUGUUUUAUUUUCUGUAGAUGAACAGAGAAACAUUCCUAGAACUGAUCAGUCGCGUUGCCAACUGCCUUGACUUUGCCGCCUUGAUGCAGAUGUGUGUGUGCCGUGUGAUCUCUAACAAACGAACCGCGUUAAUGUGAUUUUGUGUGCAUACGAGGCUAGUGUUUGUGCACGUUAAUGUGUGAGAAUGCUUUGGCAAAACAGUCCUGAUGUCAGUGUGACAUACGUAUUGAAUAACAAUAUAGCAGCCAAAUGUAAAUAUAGGCCAAACCCACAUCACCUUUUACUUCUACUAUAAUAAGAUCUAACAAGCUGAAACCGUAUGAUCAGAUUUGGAGUUUUACAAUAUUUAUUUACUUUGUGUAAAUAUGUUGAAUAUUAACAUCUUAUUUGUGUCUGUUUAAUGUAGUACAGCAUAUUUAUUUUCAAAUUAUAUUGCUCCUUUUCUAUAAAAUUUUGUUUGAAAGCUCUUGAUGUUUUACGAUUACAUGAAAGCACCUUGCAUAGCUGUUGGUUUGGUUAAUAUUUAUUAAUUGCAAUAUAGUAUUCAGUGUUUAGGUUCCUUUUGAAGUUAUCAGUUAUUACAGAUUUCAGAAGUAGACAAUAUUCUUGAGAAAAAGGCCUAUUCACACCAAGGAUGAUAAGAAUAAAGAUAAGGAUAUCGUUCUAAAAAUCCACAUCACGGCUAUAACAAUAAAGGCACAGAGAAAUGA